UUCAAAAUAAAAAAGAGUCUGAUUAAAUCGCGGCUAAAUGCAUUUGACUAUGAUUUUCCUGUGAUUUCUGAAAUUCUAAAGGGCAGGCUGAAAUCAGUUCAGGUGUUGCGUUUUCUAUCUCCACCAAUCAAUGAUUUUUCAUACCAAGAUUUCCCGCCAAUUCGUCGGCCAAAUCAGAAACCCGCACCGGCAAGAUCAAGCGCUCGUAAAUCGGCUUCUACUCCUCCUGAAACAGUGUAAAUCAACCAAAUUAUUGCAGCAAAUCCACACGCAAAUGCUUAUUAACUCCGUUCAAAUGCCCAUGCCCAAUUUCUUGCUCUCCAAAAUGAUUGAGCUCGGAGAUUUUAGCUACUCUAGUCUUUUCUUCCCUCGAGUCCCCAUCAAUAGUUAUGCUUUCAACGUAAUGAUCAGGGGUUAUGCCACGACAUGGCAGAAGUUCGAUCUUGCCUUGGAAUCAUUCGUUCAUAUGAAAUCUUUAGACGUAAAGCCGGACAAUUUCACGUAUCCGUUUGUUUUUAUAUCGUGUGGGAGUCUUUUAGCAUCGAGGAUUGGAAGAUCGGUGCAUUGCGAGGUUGUGAAAACUGGCCUGCUGCUGGAUUUUCAUGUGGCUCAUUCAUUGAUCACAAUGUACUCGCGGUGUACUGAGAUGGGUUCUGCCCGGUACGUGUUCGAUGAAAUGAUUCAUAGGGAUUUGGUUUCAUGGAAUUCCAUAAUUUCGGGGUACUCGAGGUUGGGUUUUGCUGGGGAGGCGGUUGAAAUGUUUGGGGAAUUGAGAAAGGAAGGAUUGGAACCCGACGAGACGACACUCGUGAGUGUGCUUGGGGCUUGUGGGGAUUUAGGGGACUUGAAUUUGGGAAGGUGGAUUGAUGAUUAUGUAAUAGAGAAAGGGAUGGAACUAAAUUCUUAUAUUGGCUCUGCUCUCAUUAAUAUGUAUGGAAAGUGCGGGCAAUUGGAGUCAGCUCGCACGACUUUUAAUUGCAUGAAAAGGAAAGAAGUAGUCAUUUGGAAUGCCAUGAUCACUGGAUACGCACAGAACGGACAGUCGGAUGAAACUAUCUACUUAUUUAAUGAAAUGAAGGAGACUGGGCCAGAACCCAAUGAAAUUACAUUGAUUGCAGUUCUCUCUGCAUGUGCUUCAAUUGGUGCUUUAAACUUGGGGAAAUGGAUCGACGAAUAUGCAUCCAAAAGAGGGCUUGAGCAUAACAUAUAUGUUGCUACAGCUUUAGUAGAUAUGUAUUCGAAGUGCGGAAAUUUGGGUUAUGCAUCACGAGUUUUCGAAAAUAUGCCGCGGAGAAAUGAGGUCACCUGGAACACAAUGAUCUCCGCACAUGCUUUUCACGGACAAGCAAAAGAGGCACUGUCUCUAUUUCAACGCAUGUUAGAGGAAAAUUCUUCACCACCCGAUGAUGUCACAUUUGUCGGGGUGCUAUCUGCAUGUGUUCAUGGUGGUUUGGUGGAUGAAGGGAGUCGAUUCUUUAAUUUGAUGACAUCAUCUUUUGGGCUGACUCCAAAAGUCGAGCACUACUCGUGCAUGGUUGACCUCUUAUCACGUGCUGGAAGGGUUUAUGAAGCUUGGGACUUUAUUCAAGAGAUGCCACAAAAACCGGACGAGAUUUUAUUAGGUGCAUUGCUCGGCGCCUGCCAUAAGCAAAAAAAUGUAGAUAUUGGAGAAAGAGUUUUAAAGCUUCUCUUGGAAAUGGAGCCUUCGAAUUCCGGCAACUAUAUUAUCUCGUCGAAAAUAUACGCAGAUACAAAGAGGUGGGACGAUUGUGCUAGGAUGAGAGCUUUGAUGAAAGAGAAGGGUGUUACUAAAACUCCAGGAUGUAGCUGGAUUGAGAUGGAGGGCCAGAUUCGUGAGUUUCAUGCUGGUGACUUUAUAAUUGAAGGUGCAAAAGAAAUUCAUCGAGUUCUUGACAUGAUGUAUGAGGACAUGGCAAUGGAAGUUCUAUAGAAAAUUGUGUCUAUAU